UUGACGCGACCGCGCAUGCUCAGACAUAUACUGGUAACCUCCAACAUGGCGGCUAGAGGCCAUGUGCAAGACCCUAACGACCGGAGACUUAGACCCAUUUACGACUACCUGGACAAUGGCAACAACAAGAUGGCGAUCCAGCAGGCUGACAAACUGCUGAAGAAACACAAGGACCUGCACUGUGCCAAGGCAGAUCCCUCUCGCCAGGUGUUGAAAGCCAUCGGUCUGCAGCGAACAGGAAAGCAGGAUGAAGCAUUUAGCCUGGCCCAGGAGGUGGCGACACUCGAACCCACCGACGAUAACUCAUUACAGGCUCUCACUAUACUGUACAGAGAGAUGCACCGCCCUGAGUUGGUGACUAAGCUGUAUGAAGCUGCGGUGAAGAAGGUUCCCCUCAGCGAGGAGUAUCACUCUCACCUGUUCAUGGCCUACGCCCGUGUUGGAGAGUACAAGAAGAUGCAGCAGGCGGGGAUGGCCUUGUAUAAGACCGUUCCUAAGAACCCCUACUACUUCUGGUCUGUCAUGAGUCUGGUCAUGCAGGCCAUUUCUGCGCAGGAUGAUAAGUUGGCCCAGACCAUGUUCCUGCCUCUGGCUGAACGCAUGGUGGAGAAGAUGGUGAAGGAGGGGAAGAUCGAGGCUGAGGCUGAGGUUCAACUGUACUUUAUGAUCCUGGAGCGGCUGGGGAAGUAUGUGGAGGCUCUGGACAUGGUCCGCGGUCCACUGGGAGAGAAGUUGACCAGUGAGUUGCAGAGCAGGGAGAAUAAGUGUAUGAUGAUGUACCAACGACUGCAGCUCUGGCCUGAAUGCAAUGCUCUGUCCUACAAGCUACUGCUCAAAAAUCCUGAUGAAUGGCAGUUCUAUCUCUCCUACUUUGACUCUCUUUUCCAUCUCAUGGACAAGUCCUGGAGCCCACCUAAUGAGGAAGAGCACUGUGUGGAGGGUCCAGUGCAGACCACUGUGGCGGAGGCAGUGAAGUUUGUGGUGGACAGGAUGGAGGAGGAGGACAAGAAGGAUUCUCGUCCUCUCAGAGGUCCCUACAUGGCCUGCCUGGAACUCAUACACAGACUGAGACAGAGGGGCUGUCCUGAUGAGGAAGAGCUAGGAGAUCCGUUGGAGUUGAUGCUUCAGUUCUUUGGGAAGUUUGGAGACAAACCCAGCUGUAUUACAGACCUGAAGAUAUAUUUACACCUACUUCCCCCUGAGCAACACACACAGUUUAAAAACCGUCUGGGGGACUUGGUUCCAUUGGGGGAGGUGGGUGAGGAUGGCUUUGGGUUUCCGGGGGAUACGAAGGUGUUGCAGAGACACCUGUGUGUGUGUCAGCUGAGCCGGGUGCUGGGACUGCAACACACUCUGGACACAGAGGGCAAACUAUGCCUCAUCACAGAACUCAAAGCCCACUACCACUAUGGACUACAGUUUGGGAAGUCGUGUCUGAAGACAGAGCUCCAGUUCUCUGAUACGUACUGUCUCAUGGUCGCUCACGUCUACAUCGACCUCUGGACAGAAACUGGCGACGAGAACAUGCUGUGGCAGUGUCUAGGAGUAUUAGAGGAGGGUUUGUCCUACAGUCCCUCCAACGCUCAGUUCAAACUACUGCUGCUGCUUCUUUUCUGUCGCCUCGGAGCCUUCCAGCCUGUCGUGGACCUCUACUCCAGUCUGGAUGCCAAGCACGUACAGCACGACACCAUAGGGUAUCUGUUAACUCGUUAUGCAGGGUCGUUGGGUCAGUUUGCUGCAGCCUCCCAGUCCUAUAACUUCUCCCUCAGGUUUUUCCACUCCAACCAGAAAGAUACCUCAGAGUACAUAAUCCAGGCCUAUAAGUAUGGAGCGUUUGAGAAAAUCCCAGAAUUCAUAGCAUUUAGAACCCGGCUCAACCAAUCUCUGCACUUCGCUCAGGUCCGCACCGAGAGGAUGUUACUGGACUUGUACACCGAGGCUGACAUCACAUCAAGUCUGGAGGAGAGUGUGAAGGCGAUGGGUCUGUGUCCUGAGGAGGAUGACAUUCCCUGGGACAACAUGAGGGACAACAGAGACCUGACGGUCCUCUUCAGCUGGGACCCCAAGGACCGGGAGCUGACUGAGGAGCAUCGUCGUCUGUCUCUAGAGGAGGAGUCGGUCUGGUUAAAGGUUCGCUCUCUCACGCUCCGCCUCCUCGCCUCAUUGGCUCUGCUCGGACACGCCCCCUCACCACGGAACUCUGAUAAGACCAAUGAGAAUGGUGUAUCGGCCAAAAGCUCCACCCUCCAGACUCUCCUCUCCCAGCUAGACCUGACACUACAGACCGCAGCCCAGAUCACAGAGAAACAGACACAGUACCCGUUCCUGGGCCCUCCCUCCUCCCGCCUGGCCUCUGCUCUGUCUAGUGGCAGCUGUCACUGUCAGGCCUCUGCUCUGCAACUAUCACUGACUCUUCAGGAACUAGAGACCACUGGACUGGACGACUCGUCAGAACUCCAAACCCAGAUCUGUAACUCCUUCAAAUCAUUAAUAGUACAACUCCAAGAGCUGUUAUCCAGAUGUAAAGGAGAAGUGUUGGAGAUGAAAGACAGCAGAUUGAUGACCCAGCCCUCCCUGUUAGAAACACUGGUCUUCUUCGUCGAGACUGUGUGUGUGGUGCUGUGGGUGGCCAGUUACUCUGCCAGCGUCCUGCGACCGCUCAAGUCCAGCCUACAGAAGAAGAAGAAGAAGACAAAGGACAGCAGCACAGCCAUGCCAGUGGUGCUGAGUGGCUUCCAGGAGUGGACUGGCAGCCUACAGGGCAUUGUGACCCAGGCUCUGGAUCACGUGAAGGGGCAGGAGGCCAGCCUGACAGCCCUCAAACUAGCAGCACUCACCUUGGGGGUGGGACACGCACAGACACAGGAGGAGUGUGGAUUCACCAGAGCAGCCAUGGACAAGGUUCAGACUAGUUAUCUUGGCUCGCUGCAGGAGCUGGGAGAUCUACUGAGGAAGAGAGCUGAUUCGCUGAAGAGCCUCAAGUUCUGACCAGCAAUCACCAUCACCCUUCAAUCAAUAUUGGCAUACCUAAUUAUGACUAUUAUACUGGAUCACCUCAUCUAACUGUCCCCCCUGCUCCUCUCAAAGGAGGUGUUGCCUGCUACCAACAGUCUUUUACUUCAUCGCCUUCCCUCUCCUUUUCCACAUCUCCCUCACUCUGGGUGUCACUUUAUAUAACACAGGACUCCCACCAUCACUGCUCUCUCUCAGCAAGGAAUCACAGAUAUUUCCGGUAUAUUGUAUGUGAACAUGUCACAGAGAAGCUCCUCAAACAUACUAAAUAAGCAAUUUUAGAUCUACUCUAAUAAAUUAUUGUACAUAGUCCGCAGAUGACAGAUCAACUACCACAGCAACAACUCCUUGACUGAACGUGAAUGAAAUAAGAACUAAGCAACAUUUUCCCCUUAGUUGUUUUUUCCUGGCCUCAUGCUUCCAUGGUGACAGAUGAGAAGAUCUGCUCCUGUUUUUCAUGUUGGACUCCUCACUUCCCGAGCCUGACCUGGCAGCCCACUGUUGUCAGUGACACUCUUCUGCUCAUAAGAACAAAUGGGGCAGAGAUGGUGCUUAGCUUACUGUAUGAAAACGAGGACAGCUAAACAAAGAAGGUUCUUGGCGUAUUGUACAAGCAAGGAAAGCUGAACGCGGCCCCAACUCUGAAAAGCUUCUGAAUUUUUGGUUUCAGAAGUGCACAACUCCAGUGCUGAUUUUAGGCCUUGACUUUUAGCCAGCAACCUGGGAAACGAGUUGUCUGCACUCCUCUCCGGGCAACCAGUGACUUAAUAGGUCAGUUUAGAGCAGAUGAGUAUACUACAAGGUAGGAUCAAAGAGUUAGCCAGCUAACUUGCCUAAAUAUAUAUAUUUUUUUAAGGAUGAGCUUAGUCUAAUUGACUCAACCACAUAGAUGUUUAGCUUUCUUAAUGAACCUGGUUAACUCAUUGCACCUCUGGUUGGUUUCCUCACCCUGCUCCCCACCAGCCUUUCAAUCCCAAACUCCCCCUUUGGUUUCUUUGUUUGAAACCCUCUGUAGUUAUUGGAAUACCUGAAUCUGAAAAGUCAUGUAUUUGCAUUCUGUCGGUGGAAAGUAUAUGUAGCUUGCCUGGUUUAGUUAAAUUAAGUCAGUGGAUGGUUUGUUUUAACACUGUAGGAGAGAAACCAGACAAACCGAUAGUUAUACAACCUGUUUAUUCAGAGGUGCUAGUGUUAAAUGCUGUGGAAACAGUUCUCUGACAAUGGCUGAAACCCAAAGUUAAGAUAUCUAAAUGUGAAGGAGACAACCAACGUGUCCGAUUUGCAAUGAAGAUGGGAAAUGUUUUUGAAAUGGUCCUUCAUUGUCUCUUCAGGGUGCAUCUCGCUGCAAUGAUCUCGCUGCAAUUCAUUUCACUAACCAAAACUGUCAAUGGCCGUGUUCGAGAGCAUCAAAUAUGACUCAUUAUUAGAUCGGUCACAAUUUACCAAUGAUAUAUUGCGGUUUUGAUCUUCUCUAACAUGGCCGUUGUGUCUUAAAAACGUUGCUCUGUUAUGGCGUUUCACCUGCUAGCUACCGAUAUACAUUAGGGUCACGUUCAGUAGCAUUGUGGAACGCUCUAAAAUGUGUUCUAAUCAAUGCAUUUCUAUCUGGAGGCAAACUAAGGGCUCUAUUCAGUCUAUCAGCGUGAUUGACAUUUUUAAAGGCAAUGUUCGAGUUAGUGCAUUUCCACAUAUCUUUGGGAGCGUGGACAUGGUUGGAUCAAAUUGGGGGAAAGCUGAAUUUUAUGCAAUUCUGUGAUCUCGCAACGCUAUUAACCAAUUAAAGCUCACUAUAGCUUCCAGCCCCUAUUGGAUUAGCAGUUGAUACCUAGCCUGCUUGCUAGCAACCACAUGGGGGUGAAGCUAUAAUGCUAUCCAAAUUAUCCCGUUAUGUGGAAAUCUUUUAGGGGAGACUGCAAAACAAAACGCAUCUCGGCUCAAUCUAACGCUACAGCGAUAUUGAAUAGAGAUCUAAACUAGUAGACAUGUUUACAGCCGGGGGCACUGAGACUGACUAAUAUCAGUCUAUAUGCUUUGGUUUAUUUUAUCCUUUUUAAACAAGACGAGGGCAGGGACGUUGAACAGUUUGAUCCUCCCACACUGACCCCCGGACCCUCUCUAGAGGCUGUCAGUGGACUCAUUGAGGUGCUGAGAACGAAGUGGUCGACAAUCUGGAGUGCCAUCAAUUUAUACCCAUCCUGUCUCUUUUGCUAGAAAAUGGGAAAACAAACACUGGAAUGUUAUAUAAAAUAAAUCAGUUUGUCUCUGAAAA